AUGAGACAUUUUCUUAAUCCAUAUCCUGAUUAUGAUGGUACUCAACAAGCUGACACAAAUAAUGAAAUCAGGAAAAUAAUUGAUUGGUACAUUCAAAGCAUACGCAAAAACGAAAAUUCUAGUCGAGAUGGUGCUUUAUAUGUGGGAACAAGUGGAAUUGCUUAUGCAUAUUUGAAGUUACAUCAAUCUCGGAAAAUUGAAGAAGCCAAAACACAAGAAUCUCUUCUUUGUGCAAAAUUAAGCAUUGAUAAAGCUAAAACUUUGAUAAGAAAAUCUAAACCGGAAGAUUCAGCUUCGCUUCUCUGUGGUAAUGCUGGAAUUUAUGCAGUGUCAUUAGUCAUUAAUCAUUGUGCAGGAAACUUACAGGAAUGUCAGAAAGAUCUUGAAAAAUUUUUGGAAGGAAAUGCUGUGUGCCAAAAAAUAAAUUUCAACAAAUAUGGAUCUGAUGAAAUACUUUUUGGUCGAGCUGGCUAUCUUAGUGGAAUUUAUUGGCUCAACCAGCACCUCCCUUCUUCUCAACGAAUAUCGGGAGCGAUUAUUACAAAAAUUUGUGAUGUUAUUAUUGAAUCUGGCAUACAAUAUUCAAAACGACAUAAAUUAAACGUUCCUUUGAUGUGGGAAUGUUAUGGAGACCAGUAUUUGGGUGCAGCUCAUGGAGUAUCAGCAAUUCUUCAAAUGCUUCUUGAAUCACCAUUAUUUGCUGGAAAUCUCGAAAAAAUGAAUGAAAAACAAAAUCUUGUAAAAGCUUCGGUUGACGGUCUUCUUCAAAUGCAAGGUCAUGAUGGAAAUUUUCCAUGUACUAUGGAAAAUGCAAGGGAAACUGACCAUAAACUUGUUCAUUGGUGUCAUGGAGCUCCUGGUGUCGUUUAUCUCAUGGCAAAAGCUUACUUAAUCUUUAAAGAACAAAAAUAUUUGAAAUCCUGUUUGAAAUGUGGGGAACUUGUUUGGAACAAAGGAUUGCUUCGUAAAGGUCCUGGCAUUUGUCAUGGAGUUUCAGGCAACGGCUACGUUUUUCUCCUUCUCUAUCGUUUAACGAAUGAUCUCAAACAUUUAUACAGAGCGUCAUGCUUUGCAAAAUUUUUAAUCAACGCCGACUUCAAAGAACAUGCAAGACCUCCUGACAAUCCUUCCACUCUUUAUGAAGGUUAUGCUGGCGCUAUUUGCUUCUUAAUUGACAUGUUGGAACCAAAUAAAGCUACAUUUCCAUUCAUGGAUGUAUUUGAUGUUAAAUGUUAG